AACUACAUUCCCUCUUUUAUUCUCGAUAUCUUCGCCUAGGCCUUUUCGUUGCUCGGCUUUUUAACUAAUUCCAAGUUCAAGUUCUUCAAGUUCUGAAAUCAAAGAUCACAACUUCGAGAAAGAGUUGAAUCGAGCGACCAUGGCUACGGAUGAAGACAGGCUGCCAGAUUAUAAAUCCCAAAAGAAAAAACCUACUUCUGAUGAAGAUAAAAGUAAUUCCUUAUGCAUAGGAAGAAGAAGAUUGUGCCGGGAAGUUUGAUGAAAGCUGUGAUAAGGCCAGGGGGCGGAGAAGUGACCCCUGCUGAUGGUGAUCAGGUCAUUUAUCAUUGCACAAUUCGCACCUUGGAUGGUGUUGUUGUCCAGUCAACAAGAAGAGAAUUUGGAGGCAAUGGUGCUCCAAUUAGGCAUGUUUUGGGGAAAAGCAAGAUGAUAUUAGGACUGUUGGAAGGAAUCCCUACCAUGCUGACAGAUGAAGUUGCAAUGUUUAAAAUGAAACCUGAAAUGCAUUACGGGGAGGAGGAUUGCCCUGUCUCAGUGGAUGAUAGAUUCCCAAAGGAUUCUGAACUUCAUUUUGAGAUAGAGCUGAUAGAUUUCUCAAAAGUCAAGGUAAUCAGCGAAGAUUUGGGAGUGUUGAAGAAGGUAAUAGAGGAAGGACAGGGCUGGGAAACACCAAGGGAGCCAUAUGAAGUAAAAGCUUGGAUUUCAGCAAGGUCAGGGGAAGGAAAAAUGGUCUUGUCACGUGCUAAGCAACCAGUGCAUUUUACUUUGGGAAAAUCUGAGAUACCUAAAGGGCUUGAAAUGGGAAUAGGAACAAUGUCACGUGGUGAGAAGGCAGUAAUUUAUGUUACUGGUCAACAUAUAACGGAAACUCCUCUGAUUUCUGCUGUAGAAGGAGUGGAAGAAAUUUAUUUUGAGGUGGAGCUUGUCCACUUUGUUCAGGUCCGUGAUGUGCUUGGAGAUGGACGCCUUAUCAAGCGUCGCAUUCGUGAUGGAAGAGGUGAAUUCCCCAUGGAUUGCCCUCUUCAUGAUAGCUUAUUACGUGUCCAUUACAAAGGCAUGCUUCUUAAUGGGGCAAAGACAGUUUUCUAUGAUACAAAAGUUGAUAAUCAUGGGCAGCCUCUGGAGUUCAGCUCUGGGGAAGGGCUUGUACCUGAAGGGUUUGAAAUGUGUGUUCGUCUGAUGUUGCCUGGAGAGUUAGCUGUUGUCACGUGUCCUCCUGAAUAUGCCUAUGACAAGUUUCAAAGGCCAGCUAAUGUUCCUGAAGGUGCCCAUAUCCAAUGGGAGAUUGAGCUUCUUGAAUUUGAGAUGCCAAAGGACUGGACUGGUUUCAACUUCAGACAGAUAAUGGAAGAUGUUGAGAAGAUCAAAGGCACGGGUAACAGGCUUUUCAAAGAAGGAAAAUAUCAACUUGCCAAGGCAAAGUAUGAGAAGGUACUGCGAGAAUUUAAGCAUGUUAAUCCUCAAGAUGAUGACGAGGGAAAAGAAUUUUCAGAUACAAGAAAUCUGUUGCAUCUAAAUGUGGCUGCAUGCUUCUUGAAAAUGGGAGAUUGCAGGAAGUCUAUUGAGGAAUGCAACAAGGUAUUGGAUGCAAAUCCUAUUCAUGUGAAAGCUCUCUAUCGACGUGGAAUGGCCUACAUGACAGCUGGAGAUUUUGAGGAGGCAAGAAAUGAUCUUAACAAGAUGAUGAGUAUUGACAAGUCAUCUGAGCCUACUGCAAAAGCAGCUCUUCUCAAACUUAAAAGGGAAGAACAGGAAGUGCAUAGGAGGGCUCGCAACCAGUAUAAGGGACUCUUUGACAAGAAUCCUGGAGAAAUUUCAGAAGCUGGAGUUGGAGAGAGAGAAGAAAGUGCUACUGAGAACAACAAUGACGAACAUCAUCAGGAUUUAGUUAAUAACGAGCAGGAUAUGCAGCAGGUUGCUGCUCGAACUCGCCUGAGUUUUAUGUCGGGAUUGUUGCCUAAAGUCAAAAGACUUUUCGCUGCUGUGGGGCUCAACAGGUGUACAAUAUUGUGAGCUGUAAACAGAAAUUGGGAGUUGUGAAUCUAAAUAUCUUGGGCGAGAGAUCGUUUCUAUGGUUCCAAAUUUCCAUUGAAUUUUUACCCAUCUAUGUUUAACAGGACGUCUGAUCUAUUGAGGUCUUCUGGCAUUGGGAAUCAACUGUUAUAAAUUAUUCAAUGUCCUUAGUGUCAUUAAUUAUUUAAUAUGGCGAAGAAAGAGAGAGGUAAACAAACUGCUUUGUGAGAGAGAGAGAGAGAUUGACGGACAUUAGUUAGCUUAUUCCGUGGAUAACUCUGAACUUGUAAUUUGCGUUCCUUCACUAAUAUUUGUAGCUUUCGCAAA